AUGAUUUCCCGAACGGCUCUACGACGACCGCUGCCAGGCAUAAUUUCCUCCUCCUGCUGCACCUCUCGUUUCCUCUCCUCGACCGCCCUUGUGCAGAAUGCCCGUCCGUCAGCUUCGGACAACUCGCCGGCACGACCCCAUACGAUCGAUCCGCGAUGGCUCACAAUGAUGAAGCGACGGAUUGGCAAAUGCCUGAUGUUCGGUAUGAAGUCGGACCAGAUUGAUGAAGCAGGGAAGAUUCUGCAGCAAUUGGCGAAGGACUGGCGUGAAUUGCUCGCAGGCAGCGAGGGGUUCCUAACCGAUGAGAAGAGGCGAAGCUUGUUUCAACAUAAUGUAGUGUGGGGAGAGCAGGAUAUCAUGCAUUUUAACCAUCAAGGACAGGGUCACGUCAAUAACGUCACCUACGUGCGAUACGCCGAAACAGCUCGAGUGAACUGGACGCGCAAUAUUGGCAUUCACAUUGACCCGGCUAAUAAGAAGGAAUGGCUCAAUUUGCUCAAUAAUACUGGGAUUGGGCUCAUCCUACGAAGCAUCAAGGUCGACUAUAAAUUUCCCAUGGUAUCACCAGACAAGAUCACAGUAUAUCAAAGACUUGUCCCAGAUCCAUCAUCAUUUCUAUCUUCGCAAUCUGCAUUUCAAUUGCAGGUGAUGAUCCUCUCAGAAGCCCGCCAACGCCCCGCAGCUCGUUGCUAUGAAGAUAUUGUCACGUAUGACUAUAAGAAGAAUCGGAAAACCCCAGAACUGCCACCUUUCAUUCUUGACCAAUUCAGAACGAUUUGGGAACUACAAGAAAAUGCUAAGAAUGAGUGGCAAAACCGGAUUUUGGACAUUGAAAAUCGGGUACGGGCUCUAGAAGUUAAGAGUUGGGACCGUGUGGAUGCUGUUGAAGAUACAGGUUCAGCUUGA